CCCUUCCUUUGGCAGAGGGGCUCUCACACCUCUUGAAACAGCAGAUCGGGAGGUGUUAUUGAUCGUCGUCGUACGACGUAGCAUUGCCAUGCCUAACAAUGGCGCUAUCAUCGGUGCGUCGACCAUCCUUGUGGUGGCCGUGGUGGCCGCCGUCUGCGUCGUGUCCUUCAAGGGCGGCAGCGACGACAAGUCCGAUCAGGAGCUGUCGACGUCGGUGAAGUCGAUCAAGUCUUUCUGCGAGCCGGUGGACUACAAGGAGGCGUGCGAGAGCACGCUGGAGAAGACGGCCGGCAAUGCGACGAGCACGACGGAGCUGGCCAAGGCCAUCUUCAAGGCCACCUCGGAGCGGAUCGAGCAGGCCGUGCGUGAGUCGAGCGUGCUGAACGAGCUGAAGCACGACCAGCGCACGGCCGGCGCGCUCAACAACUGCAAGGAGCUGCUGAACUACGCCAUGGACGACCUCAAGACGACGUUCGAGCAGCUGGGCGGGUUCGAGAUGACCAACUUCAAGCACGCCCUGGACGACCUCAAGACGUGGCUCAGCUCCGCGCUCACGUACCAGGAGACGUGCGUGGACGGGUUCGAGAACACCACCACGGACGCCGCCGCCAAGAUGAAGAAGGCGCUCAACGCCUCGCAGGAGCUGACAGAGAACAUCCUCUCCAUCGUGGACGAGUUCGGGGACACACUGGCAAACCUGGAGCUUCCCAACCUGAGCCGGCGCCUCCUCGGGGACGACGGCGUGCCCGGGUGGAUGUCGGACACCAAGCGCCGGCUGCUGCAGGCCAAGCCCAGCGAGCCCGAGUUCAAGCCGGAUAUCACCGUGGCGUCCGACGGCAGCGGCGACUACAAGACCAUCAACGAGGCGCUGGCCAAGGUGCCGCUGAAGAGCGCCGACACGUUCGUCAUGUACAUCAAGGCCGGCACGUACAAGGAGUACGUGUCCGUGGCCCGGAACGUGACCAACCUGGUGAUGAUCGGGGACGGCGCCAGCAAGACCAUCAUCACGGGGGACAAGAGCUUCAUGCUCAACAUCACCACCAAGGACACGUCCACCAUGGAGGCCAUCGGCAACGGCUUCUUCAUGCGCGGCAUCGGCGUGGAGAACACGGCGGGCGCCAAGAACCACCAGGCCGUGGCGCUCCGGGUGCAGAGCGACCAGUCGGUGUUCUACGAGUGCCAGUUCGACGGGUACCAGGACACGCUGUACACGCACACCAGCAGGCAGUACUACCGGGACUGCACCGUGACGGGCACCAUCGACUUCAUCUUCGGCAACGCGCAGGUGGUGUUCCAGAACUGCCUCAUCCAGGUGCGCCGGUGCAUGGACAACCAGCAGAACAUCAUCACGGCGCAGGGGCGCAAGGAGAAGCACUCGGCGGGCGGGACCGUCAUCCUCAACUGCACCAUCGAGCCGCACCCGGAGUUCAAGGAACACGCGGGCCGCCUCCGGACCUUCCUGGGCCGGCCCUGGAAGGAGUACUCGCGCACGCUCUACAUCCAGUCCGAGAUCGGGGGAUUCAUCGACCCGCAAGGGUGGCUGCCGUGGCUCGGGGACUUCGGCCUCAACACCUGCUACUACGCCGAGGUGGACAACCACGGGCCGGGCUCCGACAUGAGCAAGCGAGCAAAGUGGAGAGGCGUCAAGACCGUCACGUACCAGCAGGCGCAGCAGAAGUACACCAUCGAGAAGUUCAUCCAGGGGCAGACGUGGAUCCCCAAGUACGGCGUGCCCUACAUCCCGGGCUUGCUGCCGCAGGGUACAUUGAGCUAGCGAGCGCACUGGGUUCUACUAAUUCAUUUAUUUUUGAGGUUGUACUGUUGUUGAUGAUGAUCAUCUCUGUACGCGUACACUACUGUUUCCCACAUCUUUGCUGACAAAUCAAAAACAUAUUCUAAGAGAAAACGAUUUAAGGCUCUUUUGAGGCAUUCAA